AUGCCGCGCAACAGCGUCACCUUCGGCAAAGUCCCCGAAGCAGACCUCCUCAAGAUGUACGAAGGAUUCUUCCACGACGGCAUGGCGCUCCGAAAGGAGCACAAACUCCCUCAGCGGAACCAUUAUCGAAAAGUGACCGAUGACGCGACCGGUGAGAUAGCAGCCUGCGGCGUAUGGGUCCAUCUACCCGAGGGAUACUGCACCGAGGACGACGAGGAGGUUGCGACGGGGCCGCUGCCCGAGGGCGCUAAUGAGGAGUUGACGAGGGAGUUUUGCAGGAUUAGGGGGAGAUGA